AUGUACUUCGUCCACUCGUUUCUUGUUGCUUGCGCUGCCACUUGCCUUGUUUCUGCUCAGGCCUGGAAAGAUGAGACCGUCGUUGUUACGCAGACCAACACCCACUAUGUGUGCCCUUGCGAGACUUCCAGCAUAGUGGGAAUAACCCCUGGGAAAACUAGUAGCUGGACCUCUGGAUGGAGCGGGCACGUUACAGGCACACAUACACAUAGCACCAAGAGUUCUUCAAGUGAGAGCCCGACUACUCAGCACCAUUCGAGUGUCGGUCCAAAUUCGCCCAGCUCGAGUUCCACACGAUACUGGGCAAAUUCUACCAGCAGCUCAACCAGCAUCGCUUCGACAAGCAGCUCGUUCAUCAGCACGGUAUCAAGUAUAACUUCUACUACCACGCCCAGCACGACCAUUACUUCUACUUCCACCACCACCUCCACCGCCACGCCCACUACGACCACUACGACCACUACUACCACCACCACCGCUUCCACUACUGCCACUACUGCCACUACUUCCACUACUUCCACUACUUCCACUAUUUCUACUACUUCCACUACAACCACUACAACCACUACAGCUGCGCCGAUUACCUCGUCUAGUACGACCUCGAGUUCCACAACAACGACAACUACUACUGCAUCGACCUUUAACAGUUGUCCUACGGCAAAUACAUAUUUGAUCCAAGAGGGCGUCGAUCUGAAGUGGGCAACCUUGUCGAAUCCUACCGCCUCCCAGUCCUUGAUCAGCUUCAAUACUUACGACGCCACACUUGCUCAACGAUUCUCUUUUGCGGUCGAUGCUACCUCCGGCCAAUGCGUCCUGACAGGGUUCGACAUUACGGGACAACAAAGUUACGUCAUCGACCAACCCGGUGAAUUUGUACCCUUCCACUACAUAUAUAUCUCGGAUCCAGCUCAACGCCCGACCGUUACCAGUACUUUGGUGAACUGUUGGAUUGAUGAAUCGAGUUCCUUGAACUGUAGGGUCCAAGACCAGGGUGUGUUGCAGCUGUACGGGGGAUACUUGAGUAUCGCUGCUGUUGACGAAAGCGCUGAAGGGGCUGUUCAGGCCAGUUUCCCGAUGGUGCGGCUAUAA